AUAAAGUACCCACAUUUAAAAUAUAUUGAUUGCAAUCAAUACGAUAUACAAUGGAAAACACAUUUACUGCCCAUAAUUAAGAGCCAAUCGGUGUUUGUCGCGUACGAGUCGUUGAUAAAUGAGAUCAUUUAUCUCUACCCAACUCUACCAUUGCAUAAGUCUAAUGAAAAUCUAAUGCUAGCUAUUGGCGGCGUAUUAGUCCGCAAACAGUUUAACCCGUGGAUUAAAUACCGAUUUAAACACAUUAUAAAAAUAUUUGUUUAUCAUAAUGAAAGAGACGGGACUAUUAUUGUGGCGAACGAGGUAAAAAAAAAACACAACUGUUCGCCCUACUUAUGUCUGACAAAUACGGGAACCGCUCAUAUCUGGGGCAGUAAUGAUAGCCAACAGUUGGGUCCACUCGUGGUGAGAGUCGACGGCCAACCAUAUCGUUCACAAUUGUACAAAAACGGUCGCCGUUAUCGACACGCCAUCUGCGGACCCGACCAUACGGUACUCAUUACGACCACUGGUGUCAUACAGGUGUGCGGUCUUCAGCGUUGGUCACCGGUGGCUAAAAAUGGCCACUUAUUUGGCAUUGUUAUCGUCAGCCCUGAAACUCAAUUCAAACGCAUUGACACCACUUAUAGCAAUCGUGUGGUUAUAGCGACCGCAAUGGAUGGCCAGCACUUCAUUGUGGGAACAGAUAAUGGUUUGCAUAUCUUUACACCCAUUGAUAUACCGAUGGGUUGUUCGCUGUUUGAUGUUUACGCCGAUUAUUGCGGUUUUAAACGCACUUUCAAUUCAAUUGUCGAUUUGAUUCGCGACGCGAUAUCACUGUCGGACACGACCACAGCUGUAGUCACCGAAUCCAUUGGUUCCCAUUCUUACUAUCAUUUGAAGCCCGAAUCAAAUGUCGAUAUCAUUGUCGAAAGUGACGAAGAGAUCUAUUUAUCUGAUCCCGAAGAAGUUGAAGACAAAGAGACCAAUCGAUUGCAGACACAAUCACUGAUGUCAUCCAAUUUAUCACAUUUUGGUCCACAUAUUGACUAUGAAUGUCACAAAUCGGGAUCUGUAUUACCCGACGGCCCGUCACUUGUUUUGAUAUCGGAUUCAAUUGAUCCUAAAUCCACUAAAAAUGCAAUGAAUUUACGUCUCACUGAAUGUGGAGAUAAUGCGGGAACCGUUGACUCGAUUAGUAGUAUUGAUCCAAAUAUAGAUUUUCAAAACCAUUUGUUGGCAAACAAAGAGUCCAUACAAUCGAUGAACAACUGUUCCGAAAGCGAUGAAGAGGUCUAUAUGUCUGAUACGGAAGGCGAAGGAUUGUAUAAUACGGGAACCAUUAGCGAUAAGAGCACCACUUGUUGUGAUCCGAUCGUAAAGCAACAUUUGUUGAAAGCGUUUAACAAUCGAUUGGAUUUUGAUUUAAGAUUUAUUGUCGAAAAUAAAGUGAUUUAUUGUCACAAAACUGUUCUCAAGAUUAGAAACAAAGAGUUUUGGAGAAUAUGUGAACAAAAUAUGUUUAAUGAAAGGGAUAUCGAAAUCAAUGCCUAUUCUUAUGACACAAUUAAAGCGUUUCUCAUGUUUUUGUAUGGAUUGCGACCCGAAGUGAAUGACCAGAACUGUCAACAACUGUUAGGUUUAGCCGAAGACUACGGCGAACGCGGACUUAAGAAUAUGUAUCUUAAAUCCAAUCAAUUGUUAGUGGAGAGAAUCGGAGCCAUCGGUGCCCUCAAAGUGACCGUCAGUUCUGGCAAAAAGUCUUUGACGAUAAGCAAUGUCUACGGCUUGGGUGCGGGCGCUGUGGCCGACAUUAAUGGCGGCAAAAAUGGCCGCAAAAAUGUGGACGAAAAACAAGAAGUGAAGACAAUUACCGAACCUUUAUAUAAGAAAUAUAUGAAUUCGUUGUCAACGAAGGACUCUUCGGCCGGUCUAUUGGUUUUAGCCGAAGGUGGAAACGCUGGGGAGGCUGUGAUCGCCACCCGUGAGGGUCACCUCGACGUUAAGGGCGCCUCCGGUUUCAAACUCGGAUCCUAUACUGAGAUCUCUGCCAGAGGUUAACACAAAUCCCAAGCAUUUCUAAAUCAAUAUUUGCCACAAAUUAAUAAUAAUUUAUUAUAAUUUCUAUUAAUAAAAGUUUUUAAAAGCAAAAUCAAAACAA